UAUGAGAAAAGUGGGGAGCCAAGUGAGAGCAUAAAAUCCUCGCUCUUGCCUGUUUCCCAUUAACCUAUACCUAUAGGUUCGAUGUGCGCUCCCCCCAGAAACAUGUGGUGCACGAGGCAAGUGAAAAGCACCGAGCAGGAUAGGAAAGAACUUUAUUCCAUUUUCGCGAUUGCAUUCAACAAGGUGUACCCCAUCACUUUUCCCGUCAGGAAAUUUUUCAAGUUUAGUUUCCUUCCAAAUAGGCACAGGUUGGCGGCGGGUAUCUGUGUACAGAAGCGUCGGAAUACGAACCAAGCCCAAACAGACCGCCAUCAAGGACGUUCCUAUAAGUGUGUACAGUGAGUGGAUGUGUUGGGCCCUGUCAGGAAGGCAGGAAUUCGCUCGUUCUUUACUCUAUUGGUGUUGCUGUUAGUGUUAUUUUUUUCGUGGUUUUAUCAUCAUCCUUUUGUGAGUUCUAUUUUUAAACCCGAGGAUUUUCCUUCUUCAGCGUCGUCAUUAAUACGGCCAGGUCUGGAGAACCGAUGGGUUUGUGAGUCAAUGCAGUCAGUCAGAAGUAUAGUUUACGUGCACUCAUUUUCCAUCAUGUGGCCAAGUCGUUUGAGUCAGAAAGUAUAAAUGGUUCCUUGCUGGGUCAUCAUUUUUGCUGCUCGUUUGGGAGUGAAAAUGUAGCUACAUCUAGUGAACGGUGGCAAAGUUGAUGGAACCAAGUUCAAAUGUUAAGCAUUGGUUCGUUUUGAUUCUCGCAACGCUUGUUAACAGUGCCGACGAGUGAAACAAAGAAAAUAUCCUAUUUUCCUGUUCCACGGUGGAAAGGGAAAGUGGGUGGAAAACGCUGAUAGCACUCGGUUAAUUGCUGCUGUCUUGAAGCGUAUUUCGGUAGCGCAGAAAUGGAAAUGAGAGUUCUGAAAUAUUGUUAUUUUUCGUGAGUCCUUGCAGGCGAUCGGUGAAUAGUGUUUAUGCAAAGUGAUAAAUCUUGAAAAGUGCACCGUCAGCGUCGAGAGUUGUUUUAUUUUGUUCCAUUUCCUGGACCGCCGGAAUCAGUUUCAAGCGAAAGAAUGGCUGUAACAAGUGAUAAUCGAUUUUCCCAAUGAAUCAUCAUUAAUCGUCGGUGCUUUAGUGGGAAAUUAAAAAGUCAGCCGUCGGACGCCAUCGCAAUCAUCGAUCUGUAGCGGAAUGGCGCGAUAAGAGAAUGUGAAAAGUGUGUGUAUAGAAACUUGAGACCUCCUCGCCGGAACAGAGCACCAUCCGUCUCCAUACAGAGCAUCCUUCACCAGCCAGAAACCAAGGAGCACAAGCGGUGGUGGAGUGACGCACCGCAAACAGAACAUAAAAUGCGUGAUAUCGGUAUCGGAGUGAUUGGAUGUCAUUUUUCCGACGACUGCAGCAGCUUGCCCGAGUUGACGACGACGACGACGACAGUGACUAGUUGUGUGACGACGUGCCGAGAGGUGAUUCAGUAUGGCCAGUCACGGUCAGCAGCAGAAAAGUUAUCAACAGCAUCAUCAAAACCACCACCACCGUCAACACCAUCCGCAGCAUCAGAAGAAACGUAAAAUGAAUCUGAUGUCCAUCAAGCUGAACCGGAGGCGGUUCUAUCUUUGCCUCAAGGUAAUGCUACUGUUCGUGGUGUUCGGGCUGUACUUUGUGCUGCUGCUGCGAGAAUCGAUGACGGCAUUUUCCUCGAACCGGAUAAAAACUGGCGUCCGGAACGAAGUGCACAAACCCGCCGCUGAGGGUCGACUAGCCCGCCCUGCUAAAAGUGCCCUUCACCACAAGCAUCACAACCACUGGACUGCAAUGGGUCAGCACAAUUCCAUCGCAAAGGACCCGAUAGGUGGUGUUGACGGUGAUCAGAAGCAGUCCGCAGCGGCCUUGGCUGCUGCAAAUCACUCUACCCUGAAUCCGGUGUACGAGUACUCCGAAGAACUGAACGCCGCCGCUGAGGCGGAUUUCAACGAGCGGCGUUCUGUGCUGUGGAAUGUCUGUGCCGAUCAUCGCAUCAUCGGGAAAUACCCACCGAACGCGUGGGAAUUCUUCAUUUCACCCGGCCACGGACUGGCAUGGUGUAAUAUUUUCAAGGCAGCGAGCAGCACGUGGAUGUACUAUUUUAACAUAUUGGGUGGUUACGACCUUCGGUUUCUCCAGCGGACACGGUCUUCGCCAAUCGAUCUGGCGCGGAAGCGAUUUCCCCGACCUUCGACUGCGGAGCUGAACGAUUAUCUGUCGAACACGAUUUCGUUUCUGAUAGUGCGGGAGCCGUUCGAGCGAUUGGUGUCAGCCUACCGGAACAAGCUGGAGGGUUGCCGUAACAAAUACUACAAACUGUUGGGCGAACAGAUUGUCAAGCGAUUCCGCAAGAAGCUCAAGGAAGGCAGCAAAUCGGUUUCGCGUAAAUAUCCCAAGGGGCCAACGUUUCGGGAGUUUUUGGAGUUCUUAGUGUCACAUUAUAAGAGCGGUGGAAGAUUUGAUGAGCACUGGAGUCCGGUGUAUUCGUUCUGCACGCCGUGUAGCAUCAACUUUACUUUGAUAGCCAAGGUGGAAACGUUUCAGCGGGAUAGUGAGUACAUCAUCCGACAGGCAGGCUUGGAGACGUUACUGUUGAAUAAACUUCCGCGAAGUCGCCUACGGUCGAUCACCAACCGUGCGGCGAGCAAUACCCGGAAUUUGACGCCAAGAUACUUCUCCCAGAUUGACGAACGACUACUGACGGAGGUUCUCGAAAUAUAUCAGCUCGAUUUCGAGCUGUUCGGUUACAACAGCACAAAGUAUUACAGCUAUGUGCAGGAUGCUAUAGAAGAAGCACAACAGCGAUAAGCAAGAGCCGUUGUUCGAAAGGCAAAGGUAUGCAAGUUUUUCAGAAUGUACCCAGCCCAAGACCACAAAGUAGAAUGAUAAUGAAAAACUAAACACAAAUGCAUACGAGCAAGCAUGAAUACAAGACUUCAAGGCUAGGAUAGCAAUGUGAACUGUAGUUUUAAGUAAGUUAGAUAAGAGCAAACACAAAUAUUAACAAACUCCAUUCGAUGUUCGUUUAUUGUCAAGUGUUGUUAGAAUAGCCUAUACAUAAAUUCAUAUAUUUUUGAUAAACGGAAAAUCAGAACAAAACGAAAAAGUUAACGAUUAUUUUCGUAGGUUAGUUUCUUGUCAUAUGUUGAUUAGAAGCAAAUACAAAAUGAAGUGAACAUAGCAUAAAUUUGAACCACACCGCAAACAAAAGUAAUAGGACUAAACCCACCUAGAUCCCGAAGAGUGACAAAGUAUUAGCAAAACAACAAAAAAUCCCACGGCAGCAAUAGAAACUAUAAUUAUCACCAUAUGAAUUGCCAAUUCACUAAUUUGAUGUGAUAGAUAUUUUACGUACACAAGACUCACAAAAACAUUAGCAUACCGUCAACCCAAAGCAUAAAGGACUCUCCCAAAGUUUUCAAGUGGGUGCAGCUGAAGCUUGUUUCGUUGACGAUCCCCCGUGGAACAGGAACAUGCAACAUGUGCGCGAAAAACACAUACAUUCACAUGUCACACUUCAACAGGGAGAGCAAUGGAAUCCAAUUAAUUAUGUCGUAAAACAUCUGUGCUUUUGAAAGUGCUAAACCUAGUUUACGUAAGGAUGCAUGCACUCAUCUCAAUUGCCCGGACACAUGUCAGCGCAAGCUUCUUGUGAUAGCUUUCACAUUCUACUCGAUGACUUUCUUGAAAUUGCUGCAGAAAUCGAUCUGAUGUGGAUAAAGUGCCAAAAUGUAAUUAUAUAUUUAUUGUCUUCACCAGCCAUUCCGUUAAGGCUUCUAACAUAAAGUGUGCUAUAGUAUAUUCGGAUUCGAACUGAAUAGAUCCGAUUGUAAACUCCCCAAAAAUCCGGGAUUCCAACGGAUGCUCUAAAUAAACUCUAUUAUGUGUCGUAUUGAUGGCUCUGCACCAGUAAAAAAGCAAACUCGCUAACGAAAAUCACCGAUCAAGUUGUUAUAGGUCAUAACUCAUGUAUUAAAAAGGAAAACGAUCUGCUCGAGUUAGUUAUACACAGAUACGAACGUUAGUCUCACCAUAUUCUUCGUAAAUGUUUAAAUUGAACAAAACAAAAACUGUUUCGGAAAGCAUCUAUUUUUAUAUUGAUAUUUGAAUCUGUGAAACAAAAAAAAAACAAUCUUAGAAAGUUCGAAAACCGAUUCUAAAUUUUCGACCCAACGUACU